CGGUGAACGGAACGUCUCGCGCAGGUUUUAGUUGUCACCGUGACGCCGCUACGUACGUUGUUUUGUGAUGCUGCUGUUUUUUUCUAAAAAAUUAAAUAUUAAAUUAAAUUGAGCAAUAAAAAUUGAUAACAUAUUAACUAAUACAUGAUAUUUGAAUAAUAUUGUGUAAAUAAAAGAGGAUGACAAUAUUUUAGUCAAAAUAUUUCCUCACUUGUUCACUUAGAAAAUUGUCAAAUUUUCAAAAAGUGAUAAAUAAAAAUAUUUUUUUUAUUAAAAAACAAAAAUGGAUCAAUGUCUGUAAAUUAUCCAAAAAAGAAAAAGGGUACAGAGAAUCAAACGGCACCGGAAAAAUAGUAGGAAGAAUGUCGGAGAUGCGCGCGCAUCUAUGUUACGGCGCUGAAUUAACUGCCCAUCAGGUGCAACAGGAUGAGGACGUUCAGUGCAACGGCAGAAGUCGUCCAGUGAGUCUUUACGAUAAUUUCAAGGACUCGGCGACGAUGCCACCGUGCGUUACGUCUAUGACGAAUGCAAGUAUUUUGAAUCAAGUGACAGCAACAACAACGACAACUACGUCAGCAGUAACACAAUCGGACAAUAAUAAUCGUGUAAAUACAUUAAACAGUGGAAGUAUGUCAAAGACUGGUAGCAAAGUAACAGGUGCGGCCACGACUAGUAACAUUGCCUGGAACAUGCCAGGGGAUAAAAGUAAAGAGAAAGAUUGUGAAAGAGCUCCAUCGAUGGCUAAUUGUUUGUCCACGACUGUUCCCGUUAAUCUUGCGGCUUCAAAAAUUGCCGGAAGACAUACUCCUACUCGAAGUUCCCUUAGGCAUAGUCGAAUGAUUGUCAUGCAUCGUAAUGGAAACAUUCCAAGGAAAUCCAGGCCACCUCUUCUGCGACGACGGAAGCUUGCAAGUAGUUUAGCAGCUCUUCAAACAAUUUUAGGAGUUGUAAUAACAUCUUUGUCUCUUUGGUUACUUCUUUGGGCGCCCAAUUUACCUUUUUUAGACAACCCAUACUGGAGUGGAAUGCCGUUACUCUUCUCAGGAAGCUUCGGAGUGUGUCUACUAUGCUGUUUCAAAAAGGAAUACCCAGGUAUGAGUCCAGGCUUUUGUUUGACAUUGACAAAAAUCAUCAGCGUCCUCCUGGCUGUUGUUGCAACGAUCACGUGUCUAGUGGCUUGUGUUACAUCCGCGAUGCAUUUGAUAAAAUUAAAUGGUCUUGAGUGUACUCCAGCCCGUGUCAGAAAUGCUACAUGUGCUUGUAGACCACGCAGUGAACUUGCAAGUCCGGCAGAUCCGGUUUUGAAAUACGUAGAUUUGAAUUGUCCAGAAGUAGAAGGAGUUUUAACAAUUCUUUUAUUAUUUUCUUCAACGUGUAAUGCUAUAGGGGCAAUUAUAGCUGGAUGGUAUUGCUAUCUUCAUUGGAGUACACGUGAUAAAAGACCAGAGUACAUUAAAGUAAGGACUAGUUUGAGAUCUUCUCUUGACACUCGACCAAUUUAUAAUCCAAAUCUAAAUAGACGAUGACAGGAAUAUACUUCUCCGGAGAAAAAGUGGAAAAUAGGAAGUAUUACGACUGCUUUAUAGUCAUGUGGACAUUCAGUAUUGUUAUUGAUAGAUCUGCCUAUAUUUGAAAAUGAAUUAUCGUGCAAAGAUGAUGAAUACAAUUGAUUUUAUUGAUCAAUUAAUAGAUCUAGCUGUUCAGAUAUUUCAAUUAAAUGGAAUAUGAACUGGAUUUUUCAAAUGAAAAAUUCCAAAUGAUAUUAAAAAAGAGACUAAUGCUCAUUAGAACUUAAAUUAGGUAUUAAAUACUUAUUAUAAGUUUCAAUUAUAGUAAAUAAUAAUUGUUAUAAAUAGAAAUUUAAUUUUUAAAUAUUUUAAGAUUUAAUCAUACAAGCUAACGCAUUAAAGCGUUGUUUUAUUCGAUUUUUUUUUAAUAAAAG